CCAGAUUCAAGAUCAUUCCGGAGUAAAAGCGGUAUCCUCGAUCAAGCCUCGACUACUAUCUUCUCAACACCGCCGCGAUGCCUUGGAAAUCAAGAUGGCAUUUGGACAUCCCGCCAUGCUCCCUGCCAACAUACCUAUUCGGGUCAGCCACGGCGCAAUUGGAUGACAAGCCCGUGAUCAUCGAUGGCGAGCAACCGGAGUACAACCUCUCCCUGCAUUCAUACCGAGAAUGGAGCAAACGACUGGCUGUGGGGUUGAAGAGAGCCGGCUUCAAGCCCGGUGACCGCCUGCUGUUAUUCAGCGGUAACACGAUAUUUUUCAGCGUCGUACAGUUCGCAACGAUUAUGGCGGGAGGCAUCUUCACGGGUGCCAAUCCUACCUACGUGGCUCGCGAGGUUGCAUACCAGCUCAAGGACUCCGGUGCAACGUUCUUCAUCGUCGGCGAAGCCAAUCUCGAUGCCGGACUCGCGGCGGCAAAGGAGGUCGACCUGCCCCUCGAUAGAGUGUUCUCCUUCGACAACGGCAUCCCAGCGUUCGAUGGCAAGGCGCAAGGCGCAGGCGGCCUCAAGUCUUGGACUUCGCUCGUUGCGUCUCCCCAAGACGGCGCCAGUUUCAAGUGGGAGGAGUUCAAGACCCAUGAGCAGAUGAACAGGUGCUGUGUCCUCAAUUAUUCGAGCGGCACGACUGGUUUACCGAAAGGCGUCGAGCUUUCGCAUUACAACUACGUCGCCAACUGCAUGCAGGUGAUCUACGUGUAUCAGUUGAAGAGCGACUACAAGGACUGGCAAAAGCGAGCGCGAGGCAUUGCUUUCCUGCCGAUGUACCACGCUUACGGACAGACUUAUGCUGGCAUCAAUUACCCGAAGAUGGGCGUUCCCCAGUACUUGAUGCGAAAGUUUGAUCUCAUCACGCUGUGCCAGUGGAUCGAGAAGUACAAGGUCACGGGCUUAUCUGCGGUGCCUCCGAUUGUCGUCGCUUUGACGAAACGACCGGAAGUCAAGAGUUUCGAUCUGAGCUCACUGGAAGAGGUUGGCUCGGGCGCUGCACCACUCGCCAAAGAGACAACCGCCGAGUUUGAGGCAAAGUUUCAGGGCAAAGUCAAGGUCAAGCAGGGAUGGGGCAUGUCCGAGGUGACCUGCUCCGCCAUGGGCUGGGAACCCGACAUGGAAGCCCUCAGCGGCGCCGUCGGCGAACUCAACCCUAACGUCGAAGCUCAAAUCGUCGACGACAACGAAAAGGAAGUGCCCAUCGGCGAGCGCGGCGAACUUUGGGUGCGCGGACCCAACAUCUGCGUCGGAUACUGGCGUAAACCCGAGGAGACGGACAAGACGUUCGCCCCGGGACGGUGGUUGAAGACGGGUGAUAUUGCUUAUCGCAAUGAGGACGGUUUCCUGUGGAUUGUGGAUCGCAAGAAGGAGCUCAUCAAAGUCAAGGGCCUGCAAGUGGCACCGGCGGAGUUAGAGGGACUACUGCUGGAUCAUCCGGAGGUCGACGAUGUGGCUGUUGUGGGCGUGACGAUCAAUGGCGAUGAAGCGCCGAGGGCGUACGCGGUCGUCAAAGAAGGUUCGAAGGCGACGCCGAAGGAGAUCGCAGAGUGGAUGGCGGAGAGAGUGUCGCGGCAUAAGCGUUUGACCGGCGGUGUGGUAUUGGUCAAGGAGAUUCCGAAGAACCCGUCUGGAAAGCUGUUGCGAAAGGAGCUUCGUGAGCGUGCGGCGAAGGAGAUUGGUGAUGGGUCGGGUCUACAGAGCAAGCUGUAA